CUCUCUCUCUCUGCUUGUCCUCAACUCGAGCUCACCAACUAUAUAUAUACGUGCUGGCCGCGUCGAUAAUCACGGUGAGGACGACAGAGAGAGGGCACCGGACACGAGGUGCGCGGCGGCGGCAUGGGCAACAGCCUGCGGUGCUGCCUGGCGUGCGUGCUGCCGUGCGGCGCGCUGGACCUGGUGCGGAUCGUGCACCUCAGCGGCCGCGUCGACGAGUACGGCCGCGCCGUGUCGGCCGGGGAGGUGCUGGCGGCGCACCCGAACCACGUGCUCAGCAGGCCCUGCUCGUCGCCGCAGGGGGUCGGGGUGCGCAGGAUCCUCAUCGUGUCGCCGGACUCGGAGCUCGAGCGCGGGGAGAUCUACUUCCUCAUCCCGGCCGCGUCCGUGCCCGACGCCAAGAAGGCCGCCGCCGCCGGCGGAGGCGGAGGCGGUGCUGCCACGCCGACCCGGCACGUGCGCAGCAAGUCGGAAGGCAGCGUCGUCGCCGCCGCCGCCAUCACCAUCACCGACCGGCAGCUCGGCGGGGCCGAGUCGCCGCCGGAGAAGGAGGCAGCCAAGAAGAAGCAGCAGCAACACAAGAGGGCGGCCGCGCAGCAGCACCGGCGGCGCAUGAGCACCGGCAGCCACGCCGCGCCGUGGCAGCCGCACCUCGCCUGCAUCGCCGAGGACCUCUGACCCUGAGUGACCGGCGCGCGCACCCGUGUGUUCAUGCUGCCAUCGACCGAUCGUUGGAUUCCCCUUUGUUUUCACGUCUAGUGCUCUGCGUGGUAAAUAUUCCCGUUUUCUCGUCCCCUUCCAUUGCAAUUGUAAAAAUUCGGCCGUCGUCACGUGUGAUCUUCCCUUUCCUGUACCGAUUUUUGAGCGUCUUUUUGUAACUUUGCAUCAAUUCAAACCGAAACUUGUACAUAAAGCUCCACAUUUCUAUCUACAAAAUUCAUACGAAUGCGUCGUUUUCGUCGGCGACAAAUUUUUUUU